AUGAUAACCUCUGUGAGUGCUACCCCAGGGCAGCAGACUCCGACGACGGACGGCAUCAGUCGGUCCGUAUCUUUACUGUCUUCUGUUGGCAAAAGAAGUUCCUCUUUACCAAAUGAUGAUCUGGUGGAUGAUGCAGGGGAACAGUUCUCAUGGACAACAGCCAUCUUUCGUCGAGAGCAGAUUGUCCACCCUGACCCUGAUGCAAUCGCGACUAGACGCUCUGUUUUUGAUGAUCCUGACCUUGCACCGCACUAUUGGCCUAAGAAGGACUACGAGAAUCUCCACAGGUUUGAUCCAGCCACUCGGUGGACGUACGGGGAGGAAAGGGCCCUGGUCCGCAAGUUGGACUGGAAGAUCAUGCUUAUGGCAGCUGUAGGAUUUUCCGCUUUGAACCUGGACAGAAGCAACAUCAGCCAGGCAAACUCGGACUCUCUUUUGCAGGAUCUUGGAUUGACUACAAACGGCAACUAUCCAGACUUCAACCUCGGAAAUACUGUGUUCAGGUUGGCAUUUUUAUGCGCAGAACUACCGUCACAGCUUGUCUCGAAGCGAGUUGGCCCGGAUCGUUGGAUCCCAACGCAGAUCUGCCUCUGGAGUGUCGUGUCUCUGUCACAAUUCUGGCUGACCGGUAGGACCUCGUUCCUAGUCUGCCGAGCGCUUCUUGGCGCAUUACAAGGCGGCUAUAUCCCUGACCUGAUAUUAUAUCUAUCUUAUUUUUACACGAAGACGGAACUACCCGUCCGCCUCGCCCUGUUCUGGAUGUCUUCGAAUUUCUGCGCUAUCAUUGCUAGUUUCAUAGCCUAUGGCACGCUUCACAUGGGUGGUGUGGCUGGCGCUGCGGGAUGGAGGUGGUUGUUCAUGAUUGAGGGACUCCUCACUCUUCUUAUAGGAUUUUUAUCUUUUUUCCGCAUGCCUCCAUCGCCAACGCAGACAAAAACAUGGUUCCGGCCAAACGGUUGGUUCACGGAAAGAGAAGAGAUCAUUAUGGUCAACCGAAUACUUCGUGAUGAUCCCACCAAGGGUGACAUGCACAACCGCGAGGGCCUUACAUUGCGUCGCCUGUGGACAGCAAUGUGCGACUAUGACCUUUGGCCAAUUUACAUCAUCGGCCUCAUGUUUGGCAUCCCAAACACUCCCCCAUCGACAUAUCUCACUUUACUACUUAGGGAUAUCGGAUUUAACACAUUUCAAACCAACCUCCUUACAAUACCCUCUCAGGCUCUCGGAAUGGUCACUAUGUUUCUGAUCACGAUUGUCUCAGAGUUUGUUAACGAGCGUUCUAUUGUGUCGAUGAUGGAGGACCUCUGGACGUUGCCUUUCCUCGUUGCACUGUAUGCGUUGCCCAGCAGCCCUAACCCUUGGGUAUUUUUUGUUGUGGUGACUGGUUUGUUGUCAUAUCCAUAUACCCAUCCAAUCCAGGUGGGGUGGUGCUCUCGUAACGCCGGGGCAGUGGCAAGUCGAACAGUCAACGCGUCGUUAUACAACAUGUUCGUGCAAGCCAGUGCAAUCAUAUCCUCACAGAUCUACGUGGCCAGCGAUGCUCCCAGAUAUCGACGCGGCAAUAAGAUCCUCAUCAUCAUCUGCUGCAUCAACAUCUGUUUUCUGUACCCAGGUACGAAAGCAUAUUAUAUCUGGCGCAACCGACAACGAGCCAGGAUUUGGGAUGCAAUGACAACACAGGAACGUGCACACUAUCUGAGCACGACCAAGGAUGUUGGGAACAGAAGACUUGAUUUCCGUUUUGCGCAUUAA